UGGAUUUUGUGUUGGAGCGAUUAUUUUUCUAUAAGAAAAUCCAAGAACUUAUUUGUUAGUUGCUAGUACGAUAUUUCUAUAUAAUUUUAUUUAAUGAACUAAGGCAGACAUGUACUCUCUAUAUUAUUGGUAUCUCAAAAUAUAGUGAUAAAGUUAAGGCGUCCCAGAAUGGAUAACCUGAGAAGUGUUUUAGAAUACAUUCGUAGCUUCUUUGGAGCUCCAGUUCUAGAAACAUCCCGCAAGCGACGCGGGUCUGAAAUUGAUAGUUGCAUUAGUCCCAAAUACAAGCGAUCUAUGACUUCGUCCGUGGACCCAUUCCGUCGAGGAAUACAUGCAACAUCAGAUGAAUGGUUUGGGAAGGUAGACUCGCUUUUUAAAAAAUCUCUAUUACCAAAACCUGUGAGGAAACCUUUGAAAAUUGUUGACACUAUCACUUUGAAUGAUGAUGAAGAUGAUGUUGUACUUAUUAAAUCUCCAAACGAACGUACUUUGCCUGGACGUCCCAGAAUAAAUCAUACUUCAACACCAGCUGAAAAUAGAAAAAAACAUUUUGUUAAUGGUAAUGGAGUUGCAAAUGGUGUAGAAGAGGAUGUCACUUUCGUGAAAGAGAUCAAGUCUCCAAAAGAAAAGAAAGAAGAAGCAAAGUUGGCUGGUUUUAAUUAUAUUAAACCCUACACAGGGAAAUAUUGCAACAAACUGUUUGAUAUAGGAGUUGCUGACCAUAAUGGAGUUAAGUUAAAGACUGAUAAAAAAAGUGCAUGUAAUAACAAUAGGAGCAAAGUAAGGUGCCCAGAUACUAAUUCCUUGCUGGACGAGUCAUAUCGAAUAGAUGACAAAAUGCAGUAUAAGAAAUUGCUUGCAGCAGCCUCCAGUAAUUCAGUUGAUUCUAUUUAUUAUACACCAGUGGGCAAGCUAUUUGAAUAUGAUAUGGCUAGUAAGGACAGAAAAGGAUCUGGAAAAUCUCCUUUAUUUGAUAGUCGAACCAAGUCCAAAGAAACAACAAAAGAUUGUAUUAUAAAAGUGUUAGAUAAUCAUAGCAGUGAACAUAUUUCCAUAAAGGACUCUGACUCUGAUGAUGUCAUAUUUGUCUCUCCACCAUCUCCGAAGCCAGAUAUUAUAGUGGACCCAGUGAAUAGUUUUAAAAAAAUAGUUGACAGUUCCAUGUUUUCAAAAAGGGAUUGGUUAGAUGGAGUCAUUGAACGACACAAGCACAAUGUGAAAGAACGGGAACGCGAGAUUAAUACCUUACGGGAAAGUUCACACAAACACCGACAGAUCAAUAAAGAUAUUAACCAGGAGUUGCUGAAGAAUCAGAUAGAGCGAUGCUUACACAUUAAGGAUAUUGUCCUACCUGUGGUAGAAAGAGAGGAAGAGACAGUCUUUCCUGAACUGAAUGAGGAACAAAUGUGUUUAGUAACAAAAGCGUUCAAAGGUGACCCCAAUGAAGUUCUGAUUCAUAAAUUCAAUCUAACCAUUACCAGGAGAGAUCUGAUGACAUUGCACAGUUUGAAUUGGCUCAAUGAUGAAGUCAUUAACUUUUAUAUGAAUCUAAUUAUUCAACGCGGGUUGGAUCCAAAAUGGCCGAGAGCUUAUGCCUUUAACACAUUUUUCUUUCCUAAACUCAUGAGAGACGGACCACAGUCCCUUAGAAGAUGGACAAAAAAGGUCGACCUAUUUUCAUACGAUUUGGUGUGUUUUCCCAUUCAUCUUGGAAUGCAUUGGUGUAUGGCAAUUGUUGACUUCAGGAGCAGGACAAUAAGCUACUACGACAGUAUGGGAAGUUCUAAUGACAGAUGCCUUCAGGCUCUUAGAAAUUAUUUGGAAGCCGAACAUUUAGAUAAGAAGAAAUGCGAGUUUGACACCACCAACUUCACUUUGAUUAAUCGGGAGGAUAUUCCCCAGCAGAUGAAUGGUAGCGACUGCGGUAUGUUCUCCUGCACGUUUGCCGAAUUCAUUACGAGGAACGCUAAAAUUACGUUUUCGCAAGAGGAUAUGCCAUACUUAAGAAAAAAAAUGGUUGUGGAAAUUCUGUCGGGUGAAUUAUUGAUUAAGUGAUGCAACCGCGAAGAAUGUUUGUAAAACAAAUGAGUUGGUAAUCUUGCCAAUUUGGACAAGCAAUGUUUAUUAAAGUAUUAUUAUCCUGGGUCUGUCUAAUGCCUAUGAAUUUGUUCUAUAGCAUUUUGGUACCUAGUGUAAUAAAACGAUAUUUAAUGCGCGGAUUAUAUCCAAUAAGUUGAAAAUUCUUUGUGUUUAAUUGUAAUUCAAUUUUUAGGCGAUUUAAGAUUUUUGUAUAGUAAUAAAUUGUUUUAAGUUUUUUCUAUUUUUUUAUGUUACUGGAUUAAUUUAAAAUUUUGUAAUAAUUUGAUAUGUGCGUUUUGAAUGUUAAAUUCCUAAAUAUAAAUUAAAGAAAAGGUGAGAUAAUAAAUAUUAUUUGUCAAAAAAAAAGUUCAAAGUAGGGGCCAUAGAUUAUUUUUUUAAAUUUUGACGUUUUUUGUUAUUUGCUAGUAGGGGUAAUAUCUGAUUCUAGGCAGAUUGCCAGUUUUAUAUAAACGGCAGUGACGCAAAAAUGGCGGCGGCGCUUAAGUUCCAGCUGACAGCGGUGUUGCCAAUACUUGCAAAGGUAUUAAAUAUAAGAAGUUCUGGUUCAGAACUGCUAACCAAAAAAUAAACCAACUAAAAAAGAUC